UUAUCUGUGGAAGGGAAGGCGAAUCUGCCAACUACUCGUAGCCAUUAUUCUUCUUCUUCUCUCGGCUUUCGGCAAUCCCCAUAAAUCGCCUUUCCACCCUCUUGAUCCUCUACGUUUCCGGCGCCGCUCAGAUGUUAUUCUCCGUCGCCGGUAGCGCUGGAUUCUAAGGUGUCCAUCAUCACGGCAAUUCCAAGAGCGAAUCGCCCGUUUGCACACGUCCGGUCUGUACGACGCUGGGGUUGUGCUAGCGGGACAAAGCCUUCGCCGCACGGUGGACGCGGCGCUUUGCCGUCUGAAGGCGGAAGUCCCUCCGACCUCCUUUUCCUCGCCGGCGGCGGUUUCUUCAUCUAAUUGCUUCCGGUGUUUUUUGAAAUUUUCAUCGAUUGUUUUAGGAUUGUUCUGUUAAAUCAAUUUUUCGAUCACAAAAUUCUUUCGGAAAAAUCCACCGUAUUGCAUUGAAGGCGUUUAGAGAUGAUGCUGCGGAUUAAGAGAGUCCCUACGGUUGUUUCGAAUUACCAAAAGGAAGAUGCGGAGGAAGGCGCUGGCCAUGCAGCCGGCUGCGGCCGCAAUUGCCUCAGAAACUGCUGCUUGCCUGGGGCAAAAUUACCUCUGUAUGCUUUUGAAAAGGACAACAAAUCAAUUCGUGAAAAGGAACCAGAUCUCACAGAGAACGAAGAUUCUCCAAUUGAUUUCUUAAACUCCUUAAUCCUCGGGGAGUGGGAGAAUCGUGCACAGAGAGGACUCUUCCGCUACGAUGUCUCUUCCUGCGAGACCAGAGUUAUUCCUGGAAGCCAUGGAUUUAUAGCACAACUGAACGAGGGCCGACAUCUGAAGAAGAGGCCGACUGAGUUUCGCAUCGACAAGGUCUUGCAGCCCUUCGAUGAAACCAAGUUUAACUUUACAAAAGUUGGGCAAGAAGAGCUCCUCUUUCAAUUCUCAGCCAGCGAAGAAGGCGGUGCCUACUUUGUUGCCAAUGCUCCCAUUGAUGUCGAUAAUUCACCCAAUGUUGUCGCCAUCAAUGUUAGUCCAAUCGAGUAUGGCCAUGUGCUGCUAAUCCCACGAGUUCUCGACUGCUUGCCACAGAGGAUCGACCAUGGAAGCUUCUUACUUGCUCUGCACAUGGCCGUAGAAUCCGGAGAUCCCUACUUCCGGAUGGGGUACAAUAGCUUAGGUGCAUUUGCAACGAUCAAUCAUCUCCACUUCCAGGCCUACUACUUAGCAAUGCCGUUCCCAAUCGAGCGCGCAUCAUCAAAGAAGAUAACCACAACAACCAGGGGAGUGAAAAUAUCCGACGUUCUAAAUUACCCCGUAAGAUCCCUAGUCUUCGAAGGCGGGAAUUCUCUGGAAGAUCUUUCCAAUGUCGUCGCAGACACAUGUAUAUGCUUGCAAGAGAACAACAUUCCCUUCAACGUACUCAUCGCUGAUUCCGGGAAGAGAAUCUUCCUCUUUCCUCAGUGUUAUUCGGAAAAGCAGGCUAUGGGAGAGGUCAGCCCCGAGCUGCUAGAAACUCAAGUGAAUCCGGCUGUGUGGGAGAUCAGCGGACAUAUGGUUCUGAAAAGAAAAGUCGACUAUGAAGCAGCGUCCGAGGAAAAAGCCGUGAGGCUCCUGGUGGAAGUGUCCCUAUCCGAGGAGAGGUUCGAAGAAGUUAAAGAGCUCAUAUUCGAAAACAUAAAUGUUCCUUGCAACAGCGAGGAUUGCGUUACUGCCAUUGCUGAGGAUUCCUCGACUGCAGCCGAUGAGACUCAGGAAGAUGCGGACAGCCUUAAAAACUCCCAUCCCGCCAUGGUGCCAGUCUAAGCACUAUAGUUAGCGGUCUCUCGUGUGGUUAGUCUCCGAUUUAUUAAUAAAUGUACAGGCUUUCUUCGUUAGUUAUUUGUGUGGCUGCUGUCUGUCGGGACAGCUCGCUUGCGCUUCCUUUGUCUGCCGGAGUUUGUUAGUUGUCGUCUUCGUGUUCGUCGUCGUGGUGUUAUUUCGGACUGUUUGAUAUGCAGUUGGCUCUCAAAUAUGCAGAGGGUAAUGAUCUUGCUUUUCGAUCGUUUUUUCAUUUUGUCAUCUUGGCUGCAUUAUAAUUGUUUGUUUGAAUUAGGACCACAUUCUAUCUUGUAAAGUGAAAUUGGGACUUGUCGGA